AUGUUCGCCCAGCCAGCCGUGGCCCUUCCUCUACCCGAGUACUCAUUCAAUGCGCACAUUUCCUCUCCUGCAGCUGUGCAACUACGACCCCGGCUGGAGACUACGCAGACACCAACAUUCUCAACCAGAGCAGCGACUGUUCAAGAUGCGCCCGCUAUCGCUGAGCUAGGCUCGACUGUCUUCUCGACAACCUAUGGCUUCUCCAUCCCGACACCGGAUCUCAACGCUUACCUGGACGAAGCAUAUAGCAUCUCUGCCAUAGUCAAGAACAUUACUAGCCCCUCUAUCCAUGUGGUCGUGGCGUGUUCCGACUCCGACAAUCGAAUCAUUGGCUUCGCGCAGUUGACUGAGGGUACUACUGAGGCUUGCAUCGAGGACCUCGAGAGCAUCGUCGAGUUGCAGCGUCUAUACGUCCACGUGGACUACCAUGGCGCUGGGGUGGGAAGGACGCUCAGCAAGGAGAUUGAGAAGAUAGCCCGGGACCGCGGAUAUCGCACCAUGUGGUUGGGCGUAUGGGAAGGCAACUUCAGGGCGCAGCGGGUGUACGAGGCGAUGGAAUAUUCAAGGGUCGGCGAGCGUGAGUUCAAGAUGGGGCAAUGUAUUCAGACGGGCUGGAUCAUGUGCAAGGAUUUAUAG